AUGCCGCAUCAAAAUCCUUCAGAAUUGCCGUCUACAGCAACAAAAGAAAACUUAAAAUCUUGGUGGAAACAAUUCACUGCAAAAAAAGGAAAAAGAGAAGAUGAGGGCAAAGAAAAUGUUUAA